GUUAGCGUGGAAACCAGUUGGGCGAUAACACCGGCCAUGGUGCAGUCGAUAGCACUGAUUACAUUAGGAAAAACGCUUUAAUGUUGGCCUGUUCAACCACAGUGUAAGGGAAUCUCAUGUACCUUGGGGACAGGCGGAUCAUGUCAUUCCACACCCCUGCAUCACACGACUGAGGGUGGGCUGGCUUAUCUCCGACCUGUCUGCCAGCUCCCGCUGAAAUGGCCUACAUUCACGUUUGCAUAAUUUUUUGAUAACUUACAGAAUUUACUCACAUUGUAGAUCAAGUAAAACUGUCAUUUGUUAUGCAUGCACUUUAUUUUUUGCCUUUUGGUCAUUCUGUGUCACCGUAUCACAUCUCAAAUAAUGGUGUACGCAUGGGUUCUAAAGUGCGCAGAAGGUACGCAGAUUCCCAUCACACGUGUUUUUUCAUAAAUAUGAAUCUCUGUGUUGAAACACCCGUACAUGUUUCGGCGCAAUUUUCUUGCGUACGUGUCUUUGUACAUUUGGCCCCAGGUGUAGCCUAAUCAAUGAAAGAAAAACAUUUUAAAGAAGCUGAUUCACACUGUAUGUUAUGGAUGAGAUGCUGGCUAGCUAACAGCAAGACAAUAUAAAGGGGACACUUUAAUUUUGUUACCUGAAUUAUACAGAAAAUAAUCAAUUUAAUGUGUUUACUGAUAAUCCAUGUGGAUGCACAGUAAUAUCUGUAUUGUGAAUUGGGUUUACCCAUGUGCACAAACUCCAAUUAAGUUAACACUGAAUCGACUACAGUAACUGACAUCUUUAUCACCGGCUGCAUCAAGGGGCAGGGGCAUCACGAGCACAGGCACUGCACUAGUCUAUUCAUAAUGUCAGCAUAAUCCUUUUGCUUAAAUACCGAUCUCUGAAUUGAUGUAAUAGGGCAACAGGGACUAGCUUGGAUCGAGGCUGAUUGCAGUACUCCUCAGACCCCAGAGAAAAGGGCUGAUGACAGUGGGUCCAUCUAGCAGUGAAGCGGCCGUGAUGCAGACCUUGGUCAAAAGCACCAAUCUAAACACUUGAAUUGUUUGAAAGGGCGAGUAGUGAUGAGUGGAAAGAGCUUACUGCUGAAGGUGAUUCUACUGGGAGAUGGAGGAGUGGGGAAGUCCUCCCUAAUGAAUCGAUAUGUGACGGACCGAUUUGACUCCCAGUCCUUCCACACCAUCGGGGUUGAGUUCCUGAACAGAGACCUGGAAGUCGAUGGGCGCUUUGUCACUCUGCAGAUCUGGGACACAGCAGGGCAGGAGCGUUUCAAGUCACUGCGGACUCCAUUCUACAGAGGCGCCGACUGCUGCCUUCUCACCUUUGCCGUGGACGAUCUCCACAGCUUCCAGAACCUUCCAGCCUGGAAGAAGGAGUUUAUGUACUACUCUGACGUACGAGACCCCGACAGAUUUCCCUUUGUAGUGCUCGGGAACAAGGUGGACAAGGAGGAGGAACGUGAGGUGGGCGAGGAUGAGGCUAGGGCAUGGUGCGAGGAGACCGGCUGCUGUCCGUACUUUGAGACCAGCGCCAAGGAUGACACCAAUGUGGGCGCGGCCUUCGAGGCGGCAGUGAGGGAGGUGCUGGCCACCGAGGACCAGAUUGAUCACGCGCUGCUAAGCAGCACCAUUGAUCUCCACGGCAACCGCAAAGCACAACGGUACUCUUGUUGCUGAUUGGGUACUAUUGAAGGACUGUUGACCCGCUCUACUUGCUUCCUGCCUGUCUGUUUGUCUCUCUCUUGUCUCUCUUGCUGUACCUGGACUGUAGCUCAAUGGAGAGCAUGAGAGGAUCUGUAUUUCCAGGCAGCCCAUUGGUUUCUGAAAAUGGUAUGUUCUGGAAUUGUCUGUUAAGAGGCACACUCCGCCAACCAUAAGGACUAUGGAUAAUGCUCUCCUGUAAGUUACUGAUGGUACUGACUGAUAGAGCUCCUUUGAGGAGUAGUAUGUCAAUGAUCAAUGCAGCUGGUUUUAUAACUUUCAGGUGAGAAGUUAUCGAUGCUUCAUUUUUACAAUUACAGAUUUUUCCCAACACUUAACUCACAAAAAAAAUCAGCCUCUCGAUUUAUGUCUUCCGUAUCCAGUUUUAUUUUAGUGUUUCGUCAGACUUUUACUGUAGUCCAGGCCUGCUAUGCUAUCCCUACUACUGUAGUCUUCUGCGCUAGCCCUGCUACUAACGAACCCCUCUGUCUCCUCACCCCUCUGUCUCCUCACCCCUGUCUCCUCACCCCUCUUAAGAGCCCAGUAUGCAUGUGGCACAGAAUCAUGGUACAGAUUCAUUUGGAACUCGUAUUUUCUCCCAGUCACCUGAUGCUGUUUUGCCUGACAAGUGGCUUGACAGAGCAGUUAUGUUCCAUGUGAUGCACAUUUGUCAGGUCACUCACUUCCGUGUUUAAAUAUCCCUUUACACAAGGCCUAUUGACUAGACCUUAUACUUUUUAAGUGGACUAAAAAACAAAGUGGCAAAGUGACUAAACAAAGUGACUAAAUGGCAAUUUACAGAAGCACAUUUCCUUACAUACAAAGGUGUUGGUAGGCAGGUCAGUUGUUCUUUGGGCGCUUGUUUAUGGUUCUGAAUUUGAGGGAAUUUCAACCUGACGAAGGUUGAUAUGAUGGUUUGAGCCUCUUUCUAUGUAACCAAUGAAAAAGGUGAUGAUGACCGAGAGACAUUAUGUGACGUAUGUCAGCCAUACUGCCUUCCUGGACAUUAUAGUCUUGGAACACUUUUAUUACACUGUCAUAAGCCAUACCAUAUUUUUCAGAAAUAAAUUGAUACGAGUAUUAUGCUAGCUAAUUUAGCCCGGAGGCUAACUAAAGCUAGCUAGCUACCGCCUCGGAAAAAUAACUUACGCUUUGGGGACCGUCGGAAAUAUUUAGAACUCACCCGUCUCAAGGUAAAUAUUUGUUGAUUCCCAGGAAAUAGAAAACAUACAUUACGCACUUACUUUCAUUUUCGAAGUGUGUUACACAAUGGCAUGCCUACUGCCUAUAUUCGUGCAUUGCUUGGUAUCAUUGUUCCCGUAUCAAGUGCGGCAUAUAUUCCAGUGCGGUUUAUAGGAUACUCAGAUUUACAAACAAAAAGCUCCCAUUCUGGUGGGGUGCAGUUUAUAGCUUAUUUUACGAAAAAUAUGGCAAUUAUUCUACUGAUAAAGAUUUGUCAAUGAUAGCCAAUAAUACUGGUUACUCUUUGCUUGUAAUACUAAAAUAUUGGCUACUCUACUGUAAUAAUGGGUACAGUACUGUUAGUUAGUAAUACCAUAAUACUGGGUAGUACUGUUUAAUACGCUAUUAAAACUCCAACCAAUGCUGGCUUCACUUGGCUAGUAUCAUUGUAGUCUUAGCUAGCAGUAAAGGUUAUGGAUACUGUUAGUAAUACUAUUAUGCUGGCUACUCUUAGCUAUUAACAUUGUCAUACUAGAUACACUUAAUCUUAACUGAAUGUGAAACAGCUGGAGUACAAAGACAGCUCUGUUUUCUUUAAAACAAAAAACCUGCCUGAUAUCUGCUCUUAUCCGUACUGAGUCAAACAAGGCUGUAGAUAUCUGAAAGCCUUUAUGUUUUUUCAGUGUUCAGAGGCAGGUUUAAAGGGUACGUAAUGAUUUGUUCUUUACAUUAUAGUCUGUAGGGGGUAGCUUUUUAGUGGAUGUGUUUGACUGGAUUUCAGUAAUUAUGGGACCUUCAAUUGUCCUUUAACUUAAAAAAACAAAUUGUCCAGUGUCCGUAUCUCUAUUUUGGCUGUCCACUGUCAGUAUAGGUGUAGUAUUCAUGGUAAUUCCUGGGUUGUGUGAUUUACCGGUGACAUUGUUGCAUCAGUUAAAUAAAACUAAUAUAUUUAUUAGCAUGCAUAAUGCAUGCAUAAUUGACUAUGGUUCAGGUUACAUUUAUCAUAUUCUGUAUUAUGUUGAUUUAUAUUGAAUGAUUUCUUGGUACGUCACUAUUGCUUUUCUAUAAUGAUAACAUAAUCUAGCUUUUGAAUAGCUGUUACAGGAAGCUCACAGAAGAAAUAAUCGAUUCAAACAAGCACUGUGUUGAAUUUACUUGAUAUGUAUUCUGCAACAGCCCACUGUUCUAUUCAGCAGUGAGUCCUGACCCAACACUUCAGAUAGUGUUUGUGAAGUUAGUGUUUGCUUCUAUUCAUGUUUUAUAGUUUGUAACAGAACUAAUGGGCUUCUUUUUUUGGGGGGGGAAUAAUGUUUUAUUAAUGUCAGUAAUUAAACUAGAUUGUGUAAUGAUGUCUGUGAACCAUAUCCCAUAUAGAAAAACAUGAACAACUAAUGAAUUAUAAUAAAAACAUACCAGUUUUUUCGAUCUUGAAACAAGAAAUGUUAGUUUUUUCCAUAAUGCAUAAAACCAUAUGAUGUAAUAUGUACAUUGACAAGGACAUUCUUAAGUUAACACUUAACAGACAGAAUACAAAUCCUAUCUUUACCUCGGUGCUAUCUGAUAUGAUUUUAACGAUGUGAGAGGAUGUGGUUGACCUUUAUUACAGUUACACCUGCUUUGCUGUUUGUAUAUCACAUACAGGUAGUUUCAUGUACCCCUCAUAACCAUGAGGAUCCAGACUGAAUAUGUUUAGACUAGUGUGAUGGAGAAUACUAUUCUAUCGUAUAACGUAGACUCCUAGACUGUACCUCUUAGUCUGUCUAUCUUUGAAUAAAACACCAUUUAACAUGU